AUGUCACUUCUCAGGCGCUCCGGAGCCGCAGCUCUUGGUGCGCGAGAAAUAGCGCCCUUACGCGGCCUUAUCCGGCAACCUCCUUCACGGCUUUUCUCCGGUUUCAAUCGCGCACCACCAAAAUAUCCGCAUCAUGUUCCGCUUGGCUUCUUCGAGAAGGGGUUUCUCACUGUGGGCUCUGCCGUAGGGGCUCUCUUGAACCCGCGACGUGCUGAUUUGAUUGCGACGCUUGGUGAAGUGACAGCAACCCCGUACUUCAUAUACCGACUCCGUGAUGCAAUGCUCAAGGACCCCACGGGUCGACAAAUCCUCCGCGACCGCCCGCGCAUCACAUCCGAAACCCUUAAGCUUCCCUAUCUCCGCUCACUACCGGAGAACUCUGUCGGGCGAACCUACGCGGCUUGGUUAGAUAAGGAAGGUGUAUCACCGGAUACGAGGGAUAAUGUACAGUAUAUCGAUGACCCGGAGUGUGCAUAUGUCAUGCAGCGAUACCGCGAAUGCCACGACUUUUACCAUGCUGUGACUGGAUUACCAACAUUCGUGGAAGGUGAGCUGGCGCUCAAGGCAUUCGAGUUCCUAAAUACAUUGAUUCCAAUGACUGGUCUGAGCAUGUUUGCCUCUGUGCGAUUAAAGCCUGCGGAGCGAGAGAGGCUGUUCUCCCUGUACCUACCGUGGGCGGUGCGGAGCGGGCUCUCUAGCAAGGAGCUCAUCAACGUCUAUUGGGAGAAGAUUCUAGAGAAGGAUGUUGAUGAACUGCGAGCAGAACUGGGGAUUGAGAAGCCUCCGGACAUGAGGGAGAUUCGGCGAAUGAUUAGAAUGCAGAAAAAGAGGGAAAAGGAACGGCUAGAAGGGAAUAGUUCGUGA